AUGAGGCUUAAUCCAACUAAAUGUUCAUUCGGCAUGAGUUUUGGUCAAUUCCUGGGGCAUGUGGUUAACCAUAGAGGUAUAGAAGCCAGCCUAGUCCAAGCAGAGGCUCUAACCAAGAAUGCUGAACCGAAGACAAUUACAGAAGUACAAGCCCUCACAGGCCGGAUAGUUGCAUUAAGCCAUUUCAUUUCUAAGUUGUCAGAUCGCUGCAAGCCGUUCUUUGAUACUAUUCGAAGCCAUGGCAGACAGGCCUGGGGGGAUGAACAGCGGCAAACACUAACUAGUUUGAAGGAAUAUAUGCAAAACCCUCCGGUCCUAUUGGCCCCUGAACCAGGAGAAAAGCUAUUUUUAUACCUCGGGGUAUCCAGCAUCGCGACAAGUGGCGUUCUGAUCCGUUGUAAAGAGGGAAAACAAUAUCCUGUGUUCUAUGUUAGCAAAACAAUGAUUGAGGCAGAACGACGGUAUUCCAGGGCCGAGCGAGUGAUACUCUCGCUAGUACAUGCGAAAAGAAAGCUCAGGCAUUAUUUUGAAUCCCAUCCCAUCGUCGUUCAAACCACUUUUCCUAUAAGAAUAAUCCUACAUAAGCCAGACCUCUCGGGAAGGAUGAUGAAGUGGGCCAUAGAAUUAAGCUCAUUUGACAUAACGUAUGAACCUAGAAUGGCAAUCAAAGGGCAAGCAGUGGCUGAUUUCCUACUGGAAUGUGAUUCAGAAGACGUAGAAGAAGACCUUCGAGGUCGCUUGUGGAAACUCUUUGUUGAUGGAUCCUCAAAUCAGAUGGGGGCAGGCAUUGGAGUCAAACUGCAGACACCAGAAGGCACGUCCCUAAGUCAAGCACUCCGACUUAAGUUCCAAGCCACUAACAAUGAAGCAGAGUACGAGACACUGUUGGCUGGACUUGAGUUAGCCAAAGAGUUGAAGGUCAGGAAUUUGACUGUCUUUAGUGACUCGCAGUUGAUUAUUCGGCAAGUAAAUGGCGAGUAUGAAACCAAGGAUGUGAUGAUGGAAGCAUACCAUUCUGCUAUCAUGCGCGAGGCCAGAGACUUCGAAAACAUUAAAUUCAUCCAAGUACCGAGAGAGCAUAAUGAAGAUGCCGAUCGGCUAGCAUGUAGCGUCUCGGGUUCUGGAGAGACAUUGGCAAGGGUGAUCCUAGUAGGUGUGUUGAACCAGCCAUCCAUUUUCGAAGAACCCUCGGGCUCAGAUCCUUGGCAGGUGAAUGUUAUCCCAUAUGAGCCAAGUUGGAUUGAUCCGAUCGUAACUUAUAUCCGGGAUGGCAUUCUGCCUGAGCGAAGAGACGAAGCUAGAAAAGUCAAAUCAAAUGCAGCAAAGUAUGCCAUAGUGCAUAACCAAUUAUACAGGAGAUCUUUUUCUGGACCAUACUUGAAAAGUGUCACCCCUGUAGAAGCUCGGCAGAUAUUGAGGACUAUCCAUGAAGGAGUAUGUGGCAAUCAUUCAGGGGGGAGAUCGAUCGUCAUGGACAAUGGAACUAAUCUCGACAGCAAGCAAGUAAAAAAAUUGCUAGAAGAAUAUGGAAUCAACCAGAAGUUGGCAGCGGUUAGCCAUCCGCAGGCAAAUGGUCAGGCUGAGAUCAUGAAUAGAACAAUCUUCGCUUGCAUCAAGAAAAAGCUCGAGGAGAAGAAGGGAAAAUUGUUAGAUGAACUCCUGAAUGUCUUAUGGGCUUACAGAAUAACCCCAAGACGGCCGACCAGGGAAAGUCCAUACGCAAUGGCAUAUGGUUCUGAGGCAGUUAUACCGGUUGAGCACUUGGUUCCAACUAUCAGAAGCCUAGCAUGGAGUCAAAGUCAGAACGACAGUAUACUAAGUCACAACAAGAGAGUGAAGCAUAAAGACUUUGCCCUUGGUGAUCUGGUUCUGAAAAAGAAGGUGGGAAUAGUAAAAAAGAUGAUGCCACCAUGGGAAGGCCUAUACAGAAUUGCAGAAGUAAUUGGGAAGGAGGCAUAUACCUUAGAGACUAUGGCUGGAAGGCUGGUUAACAAGCCAUGGAAUGCUACAUUUCUAAAGAGGUAUUGUCCAUAG